AUGAGCUGCAGCCUGGACUCGGCGCGGAGAUUCUUGGACUCCCUGGAAGCUCGGGGCGGAUGGGAAGGGGCGGCCCUCGAGGGCGAAUUCAGCGACAUUCGGGCCCGCUCAGCCUCCUGGACGACGGACCAUGUAUUCUCCACUGACGCUGGCAGUAGGCCAGAGAACAUAAGGAAGAACCGCUAUAAAGAUGUGCUUCCAUAUGACAAGACACGUGUAAUCCUCUCCCUGCUCCAGGAGGAGGGGCAUGGUGACUACAUCAAUGGCAACUUCAUCCGGGGCACAGAUGGACGUCAGGCUUACAUUGCCACACAAGGACCUCUGCCUCAUACCUUGAUGGACUUCUGGCGCCUGGUCUGGGAAUUUGGGGUCAAGGUGAUCCUGAUGGCAUGUCGAGAGGUGGAGAAUGGGCGGAAUAAAUGUGAAUGUUAUUGGGCCCAAGCACAGAAGCCUCUGCAGAUUGGGCACUUCUUCAUCACCCUGAGGGAGACACAGCUGAAUGAGGACAUCAGGCUCAGGACUCUGCAAGUUACCUUCCAGAAAGAAAUUCCAGGUGUAUACACCAGCCUGCAGUUUGUGUCCUGGCCAGAUCGAGGGGUCCCUGAGCAUCCUGAGCAUGUACUUGUAAUGGUGGAGGAAGCCCGACGCAUCCAGGGACCUGACUUCAGUCCCCUCUGCAUCCACUGCAGCGCUGGCUGUGGGCGAACAGGGGUCCUAUGCAUCGUGGACUAUGUGAGGCAGCUGCUCCUUAAGCAGAAAAUCCCAAGCAACUUCAGUCUCUACAAAGUGGUCCUUGAGUUCCGGAAGCAGAGGCCAACAGCUGUUCAGACCGAGGAGCAAUACAGGUUCUUGCACCAAAUCGUGACUAUUCUGUUCAACAAAGCUCUCCGAAACGCCAGCCCCCAUUACCAAAACCUCAAGGAGAACUGUGCUCCUUACUACGAUGAUGCAGUUUCCCUGCGAACUUCCCUGGCCCUUCGCUCUACAGAGGGUGUCCUCAGAAGCAUCUCUGAGCCCAGGUUCCCGGGCUCUGCCAUGGCCGACACAUACGCGGUGGUGCAGAAAGGCGGGGCCGCCAGCGGGACUCGGGCGCGCAGUGGUGUAGACGUGGAUGGAGACGUGGACGUGGACACACUCUAUAGCCGGGUGGCCCGGCGAGGUCGGGGGCCCCCAGCGCCAGCCCAGGAUACACCAGGUGACUGCCCUAGAGUGUACCCCAGCCUGGAAGGGAAGGAACCCCCUGGACUGUCCCCCUGUCCUGCAGCUAUUGACCCUCCGAGCUCAGUUGCACCCACGCCCAGCGCUUAUGAGGACUUGGCAGAUGGAGUUCAGGCUCAGACGGGCGGUCUAGGUUUUAAUCUGCGAAUUGGAAAGCCCAAAGGGCCCCGCGACCCCCCUGCCGAGUGGACCCGUGUGUAAGAGCUCCUGUUACCCACCCUCUGUCUAUGGCUUCAUGUGGCUUUCUAGAGUGCUGACUUCUGGGCUCUGCUGCGUGAAGUGCUGGCAGUGGGUACAUGGGAUAUGAGGGAAAUAAAGUUUCUUAGGAUAAAA